GGGCCGCUCCCUCCCCGCCCCGGGUCCGGCGCGGGGCUCGGCGGGGCCGGCCGGGGAUGCCGCGGCGCGGCCCGCGCCAUGUGGUACAUCAUGCAGAGCAUUCAGAGCAAGUACUCUCUGUCCGAGCGCCUCAUCCGCACCAUCGCCGCCAUCCGCUCCUUCCCUCGGGACAACGUGGAGGAUCUCAUCGGCCGGGGCGCCGAUGUGAACUGCCUGCACGGCACCCUCAAACCCCUGCACUGUGCCUGCAUGGUGGCUGAUGCCGACUGCGUGGAGCUGCUGCUGCAAAAAGGAGCUGAGGUGAACGCCCUGGACGGCUACAACCGCACAGCCCUUCACUACGCCGCAGAGAAAGACGAAACCUGCGUGGAGAUUUUACUGGAGUACGGAGCCAACCCCAACGCCCUGGACGGCAACAAGGACACGCCGCUGCACUGGGCGGCCUUCAAGAACAACGCCGAGUGCGUGCGGGCCCUGCUGGCCAACGGUGCCCUGGUCAACGCCCUGGACUACAACAACGACACCCCCCUGAGCUGGGCGGCCAUGAAGGGCAACCUGGAGAGCGUCAGCGUCCUGCUGGACUUCGGCGCCGAGGUGCGCGUGGUCAACCUGAAGGGGCAGAGCCCCAUCUCGCGCCUGGUGGCGCUGCUGGUGCGCGGGCUGGGCACGGAGAGGGAGGAUUCCUGCCUGGAUUUGCUGCACAGAGCCACGGGACACUUCGAGCUGCGCAAGAACGGCAGCCUGCCCUGGGAGGUGGCGCGGGACCCGCAGCUGUGCCAGCGGCUGACGCGGCUGUGCUCGGCGCCGGGCACGCUGCAGGCGCUGUCGCGCUACGCCGUGCGCCGCUCGCUGGGCCUGCGCUUCCUGCCCCAGGCCGUGCAGCAGCUGCCGCUGCCCCCCUGCCUCAAGGAGUACCUGCUGCUGCUCACCUGAGCCAGGCACGGCUGCCCGCGCUUCCCGCUCGCUUCGGGACUUGGCAGCUUCUUCCCGGUGGGUUUUGUUCACCGCCGCCUCCCUUCGUCCCUUCCGUUCCUCCCACAUCCUCUCACGCUCCCUCUGUCUCCUCCUCUCUGUUCCCUCUGCUUCUUUCCCCCCUUCCUGCAAUGAACGACAUCUCUCUGAUGGCAAAUUAUAUCCCAGCUGUUGGAUUCA